CCCCUUCAUAUGAUUAGAACCGUCUAACGUAGUUCUAUUGUUGUACUUUACUCAGCUGAUAGACGUUUUUUGUUUCUUUGUCAGCACACUUGAAAAAAAUCUAUCUAAGUUACAACGAUGAACAAUUGUUUUUAAAUCAAAUUAGGUAUUAUUUAGUAAUUAUGUUGGCCCCAGAACGCGGAUCAACGAACACCGACGAGCCAGAAGCUCCGUUGGUGUCCAACAAUUUUAUUCGAAAAAUCUCGGGGAUAUUUAACAGACAACCCAGCAGUGAAACAAGUGAUGCACCCAGUUAUGUACAAUUUGGUACAUUUCACGAGACGUCGGAGACUCGCACCUUGGGAAUAUUCGCUGGUGUAUUCAGUCCAGUGACACUUUCCAUGUUCUCUGCUUUGAUGUUCCUUCGAAUGGGAUUUCUUGUUGGGAAUGCUGGACUGUUAGUUACAUUGGGACAAUUUGUUAUAGCCUAUGCUAUUUUGGUGUUUACUGUAAUGUCUAUUUGUGCAAUAUCAACGAAUGGAGCUGUAGAAGGGGGAGGUGCUUAUUUUAUGAUUUCACGAACACUGGGACCAGAAUUUGGUGGUUCAAUAGGAACAUUAUUUUUCUUGGCGAAUAUUGUAAGCAGCGGUUUAUACAUUUCUGGAUGCGUUGAAGGUUUAGUUGAUAAUUUUGGGCCUUCUGGUAAUUUAUUGUUUUCAUAUAAAUUAUAUUUUUAUUUACCCAUUGUAUAUUUAGGUUCCUUAAUAAAAGGGUUGAUGCCUGACGGGAGAUGGUGGCAGUUUUUGUAUUGUUCGUGCCUUAAUUUUUUGAAUCUCUUGAUUUGCCUUAUUGGCGCAUCAAUGUUUGCCAAAACUAGCGUUUUUGUUUUGGCCAUUGUAAUUGGUUGCCUGGGAGUGACGAUUUUCAGCUUUUUCUAUCAAGGCUUCCUAGAGGUGCCAAUUCCUGAUUCAAAUACUUUAAUACAAAACGCUAGUUAUCAUGUAUCUGAAAACUAUACAGGGCUUAGCUCAGCAACACUCUACUCAAAUAUGUGGCCCCAAUAUGGUCUCGAUUACACGUCUAAAGGUGAAAUAGUAACAUUUGCCACUGUUUUCGGAGUCCUGUUUUCUGGCGUGACAGGAAUUAUGGCUGGCGCAAACAUGAGCGGUGAACUAAAAAAUCCCGGCAAGGCAAUUCCAAGGGGCACUUUAUCAGCAGUGGGUUUCACUUUUGUGGCUUACAUUGUUGUUACUUUUCUCACUGCUGCAACAAGCACAAAAGAACUGCUCCAAAAUGACUACAUUUUUAUGGCGGGCGUUAGCGUGUUUCCUGUUAGUGUUGUCGUCGGAAUACUUGUGGCCACCUGGUCGGCAGCCCUGAGCAACGUUAUCGGGAGUUCUAGAGUUUUAGAGGCACUAGCAAAAGAUCGAGUUUUCGGAUCAUUUUUGUCUUUCAUACCAAAAGGGACAUGGAAUGGAAAUCCAGUAGCUGCAGUUUUAGUGUCUGCCUUACUUGUACAACUGGUUUUGCUCAUUGGUUCUCUGAACGUUAUUGCUCAAUUAAAUUCCGUGCUCUUUCUCCUCAGUUAUUUGGCGACGAAUCUCGCAUGUCUCGGGCUGGAGUUGGCUGGGGCUCCGAACUUCCGGCCGACUUUCGACUACUUUACUUGGCACACCGCAUUGGUGGGACUUUUGGGAACCAUCAUCAUGAUGUUUGCAAUUAACGGCAUUUAUGCCGCUUGCAGUAUUUUAUUAUGCUUGCUGUUAGUCUUGUUCCUACACUUCUUCUCGCCCUCCAAAGAGGCGCAAUGGGGAAGUAUAUCCCAAGCACUUAUUUUCCAUCAAGUCCGUAAAUACUUACUGCUGUUGGACUCGAGGAAAGAUCACGUGAAGUUCUGGCGGCCGCAAGUACUGUUACUUGUAAAUAGCCCCAGGACAGCUUGUCCCUUGAUAGACUUCAUAAAUGCGUUAAAGAAAGGCGGUUUGUACGUUCUUGGGCACGUUGUUACUAAUCAAAUGCCAAAUCCCGAAGUGGACCCCACCCUAGGAAUGACUGUACAUUGGUUGAAUUUGGUGGAUCAUUUGAAAGUUAAGGCUUUCGUUGAACUAACCGUGGCGCCAACCGUAAGGGACGGACUUCAACAUUUAAUGAGGCUCUCUGGCAUGGGUGCCAUGAAACCAAACACCAUUGUACUUGGCUUUUUAGAUUCGGAAGAAUCUGUUGAUUUCCUUCAAAGUUCCUCCUCCUCAUACUGCAGUCAAGAAUUCGACAACGACAUUUUCCCAAUAACCAACCAAAGUUCUCUAAGUCCUUUAGAAUAUGUGCAGAUGAUGAGAGAUGUAUUGUGCAUCAAAAAGAACUUGUGUUUGUGUAGAAAUUUCUCAAAAUUGAACAAAAUUGGAAAUAAAUCUAAAAAAUACAUUGAUGUGUGGCCUGUAAAUUUCUUACAUCCAGGAGACAAUGAUGCCUUUGAUACUACAUCUUUGUUCAUGAUGCAACUUGCAUGUAUUGUUAAUAUGGUCCCAAUUUGGAGCAAACUGAAAUUAAGAGUUUGCGUCUGCGAUGAAACUAGACUAACGUAUUUCAGCAUUAAUUCUGUCAACCAAUCUCACUCUGAGAGGCUUAAAAAUUUGCUUAAAAACUUACGAAUUGCUGCUGAACUAUUUCCGGUAAACGGAUGGACCAAUACCAUAGAAACGCACAGUUCUGGUAUAAAUGAAUAUUUAAAUAGUGUGAAUGGUUUAAUCCAACAACAAACUGAAGAUACGGCGGUAACAUUUAUUUAUCUUCCACAUCCACCUAGAGAUGAUGAAGCGGCUCAAUCAUACUAUAAUAAACUAGAAAUUAUUUCCAGAAAUUUACCACCAACAAUUUUUGUACAUGGUGUAAAUACUGUAACGUCUACAACUUUAUAGUUGAAUUUUUAAGUGAUAUUUUAAUGUUAAAUGUGUAAAUCUCAAUUUUAUUUUAUAUUAAUACAUAUAUUUUAGAAUUAUAGGCGAUAUUUUUAUGUAUGUAUAUUGUUAACAAAUUUAAAUGAUGACAUUUAUUACCAAAGUAAUUAUUACAUUUACAAAUCUAAUUAAUAUUAUAUGUAUCUAUUUUUAUUAUAUUUUUUAACAUAUCACCAUAAUGUUAAGAUGAAAUUGCCUUACAAUGUAAUACUGUGAUUUACAUUUUCAUAUACAUAUUAAAAUAAAUUUUUU